AUGUUGGCUGGUGCUCUCGGUUGGCCCUUACCUCUUGCUGCGGACUCCACAGAGGCCAAGGUUCCAGAAUCAUCUCAGCUCCCUCCUCUUCCUGUCAUUCCAUCUUCCGUGCUUUUAGAGUCUUUCCAUCCAGCCAAGACUUCUAAGCAAGUUAAACAGGCAGAUGUAGACGACAAGAGCGUCGAGAGCAACAUAGACGAGGGUGUCGAGGAAACUGCUAGUGAGGACAACGAUGAGGAGGGUGCUGCUGUUCGUGCGAGCGAUGGUGUUAUCGAGCCGAGUGACGAGGAACUCGAAGCUUUACCCGUUCUCCCCGUUCCUGGGCCGCUUCGCUCUUAUUGUGACUCUGAAGGCUGGUUCAGAAAAGCCGAUUUCAAAGAGAGCUCUCAAGAAGUGUUGACAGCACACUCAUCAAUUAAGGGGGGAGGGGAAGGACUAAGCUCAAUUAUCGCUGGGUUUUUGUUUCCGUAG